CUCCACCACGCGACGGACAAGGGCAACUUAGAGAUGGUGAAGCUCCUACUCGAAUUCAAAGCUGAUGUUGACCAGUUGGACCUGCAUACCCGCGUGACGCCCCUAUCUAUUGCUACGGAAUUGGGCCACAUUGAAAUCGUCCGCUGCUUGCUGGAAUCUGAAGCCGAUGUCAACCUGAAGAAGCAUGCUUAUGACGAGGCACCUCUCCACGUUGCUACACGGCUUGGGCACCUGGAAAUCACCCAACUCCUUCUCGCACGAGGGGCUGAC